AUGUCGAAGAUGGAGGUAAUCGCCCAGUCGCUGCCCCAACUUGAGCUCUCACAUUCGGACAUCGAGACAAUCACGGAGCUGUCAACGAAAUUACUGGAAACGAACCUGGCGCAGCAAAUGGAACUCCAGCUCACAAGGGACGGCUUCCCUGACUCGAGAAUUUGGGGCGAAGUCCAGCGAAAAGAAGGGAUCCGGGUGUUCAAAGCCUUCCAGCCACUCAAAAAGUCCAUGCUGUAUGGAAACAGCGCAGCACGGAUGCGAGCUGGUGCUUCUCACCUCGACGAGCCAGGGAUGCCGUCGCUCUUGAUGUUGGGCACCGUCGCCGGGAAUUUGAACGAUGUCAUGUAUGCGUCGGUUGCAACGAGCUCGGACGGAAUGCGAGCACGGUCCAAGUUUGUGCAGGACGGUCUCACGAAGAGCAAAGUGCUCUUGUGUCUGGAGGGUCCGACUCGAGACGAUCCGUUCCACACGCUGAGCGUCACGUGGCGCUAUUACGCGCUGUCGGAACCCCGUGAUUACACGUGCAUUGAAGCUACUGGACUCGUCCCCAACGUCUUUGGCGACCUCGUUGGCUUUCACCUGGUCCACUCGCUUGAAUUCAAGCAACUGCCAAAGUUCACGACGUCUGGCGUCGAGCGAGCCAACAUGUCCGUAUGCACGUUGUUCCGUCAAAAAUCUUCGACAGUGGUGGACUGCUACACACGCGGCUACUUCGACUUUCACUCGACAAACGACACGCUGAACAAUAUCUCGCUGCACGCGAUUUCAUUCCAGUGGCUCUCGAUGGCUCGAUACGUCGACUGCGCGCAGAUGAAGAAGCUCGUGUGGUGGAUGCAGAGGCAAGCACAGCGCCAUUCGUUUGCCAGCAGUAGUCAAGGCUCGAGUUCCGCCUCGUCAGGAGGCGUCACUGUCGUGCCACAGCACAACCGCUCUCGCGUCCAAGCAGAUACUCGCUGUCGGGUUUGCCAUCGCGGAUUUGGCGGGUUCUUGCACUCGACACCACGGACUUGUGCUUGUUGUGCGGACUGGGUGUGCAAACGCUGCUGUGCCAAGAAACAGGUGUGCGUUGUGGCAGUUCACAGCAAGAGCAAAGUAUACGACAAGAAGCUCGUCUUUUGCGCGCAGUGCAUUGCCGAAGCUUCAAAGAGUGACGCGUCGCACGUUUUUCGCCAAGAGCUACGCGAGCACUGUCAGUCGUAUCCAUCUGCUCGCACAGCCAAAGUCGAAACAAUUGAUACGCCGCUGCAAGUGAGUGACGAGUGUUCCCUGCUGCAGUAA